CUCCGCCUCCGCCCCGGCGUCCGGGCCGCGUCCCGUCAGGCGCCGCGCGGGGUCAGCGGGGCUGUGGCGCGGAGGCUCCGGCGGUUCCGGGGCCGCGGCGGGCGCAGGACAGGAUGUACACGCUGCUGUCGGGCCUGUACAAGUACAUGUUCCAGAAGGACGAGUACUGCAUCCUGAUCCUCGGCCUGGACAAUGCGGGGAAGACGACCUUCCUGGAGCAGUCGAAAACCCGGUUUAACAAGAACUACAAGGGGAUGAGUCUGUCCAAAAUUACCACCACCGUGGGUCUAAACAUCGGCACCGUGGAUGUGGGAAAGGCUCGCCUCAUGUUCUGGGACUUAGGGGGGCAGGAAGAGCUGCAGUCUUUGUGGGACAAGUACUACGCAGAGUGCCACGGCGUCAUCUAUGUCAUCGACUCCACUGACGAGGAGAGGUUGGUGGAAUCUAAGCAAGCCUUUGAGAAGGUGGUGACAAGUGAGGCACUGUGUGGCGUUCCUGUCCUGGUGCUGGCCAACAAGCAGGAUGUGGAGACUUGCCUCUCGAUCCCUGACAUCAAGACCGCCUUCAGCGACUGCACCUGCAAGAUCGGCCGGAGAGACUGCCUGACCCAGGCCUGCUCCGCCCUCACGGGCAAAGGGGUGCGCGAGGGCAUCGAGUGGAUGGUGAAGUGCGUCGUGCGGAACGUCCACCGGCCACCGCGGCAGAGGGACAUCACGUAGGUGCAGCCAGUGUGCUGUCAGGGACAGCUCACCCCCUUUUGCUGGAGGAGUGGCCUUCCUGCUGGCCCCUGUGCCGCCAACCCUGGGGUUGGGUUUGCUUUGCUUUGUGAUUCUUCCUUUGCGUUUUGUUUCUGUAAGACAAACUUUCCUCUGAGUCCGGAGAGGUGCGGGCGUCCAGGGCCUCUGUGCCGGGGGUCUGGCGGCAGCUCCCGGCGCCGCUCCGUCCAGCUCGCCUGCGGAGGAGGACGGUGUGUCCAGUGCUCACUGGGCUCUGCCCCUGUGACCCUGGAGGUGGUCUGGCCUUGAGGAAGAGUGGGCCUACGUCCCCAAAGGCCACCUGGGGCCCUGGGUUCUGUCGCAGCCUCAGAACAGGGCUGAGGAGACCCGCCUGGGAAGACAGAUCCGCUCCCACGCGCACUGGCGACAUCGCCGCACUUGUCCCCUGGGGAGGGGCAGCUGAGGUGGAAGAGCUGGGGGCUGAUGCUCUAUGUGCCCCACAGGUUGGGGGGGGCCCAGAGCCCUCCCCCAGCCAGGUGUGGCUGCGGCCAGCUGAGGCGCUGCCCUGGCUCUAGUGGGCCAAGGUCUGGGCGGCAGGUGGCAGGGUCUGCCUGGGGCCCAGGUCAGUGGUGGUGGGGGGGGGCGGGUCCCUUGGAGGUGCCUAACUGCCCCCCGCCCCUAGUGCUGGGGACAAGGCAUCUAGACUAUCCUUUCCGGGAUCCUCAGAGCCCUCCCCACACAGCACAGCCCCCCACCCCCAGGAGCAGGAAGCACCCGUGGGCCUGGCCAGGUGCUUGUGCACAGAAUAAAGACGGUCUGACCUGC